AUGAACUCAAAUUUACAAACAAAUUACCAGUCCUUAGUGACUGAUGAAAACGAGGUUCCACAUGAAAGUGUCAUAUUUCAUGUUGCUUCUGAAGGCGGAAAACCUCGAUGGAAUCAUGUUGGUGACCUGGAUUCCUUUUUUAGGAAAAUCUAUACCUUUCAUCAAAAGCAUGGAUAUAUUUGUAUUCUACUUGAAGAAAGUAUUCGUAUAGUGUUCUUCGUCCUAAUUUUCUAUGGUGUUUUGUACUUUUCCAAGUGCAUUUAUUUCAACUUUGACGAACCAUCUUCACCCCUUUAUAACAAGACAGAUAUUCACCUCAGUGAUUUAUUCAUCCCACCCUUCACAUGUGCAGCAAAUUGUAGUGGCUGGGGAUGGCUGUUUAUGGUAGUUGGUGUAUUGCUGGUUGUGUAUAAAUUAUAUAGAUUAAUAUGUACAGCUUAUUCUUAUAAGGAAAUUGAGCAAUUUUAUGAUUCUGCUAUGAAAAUAUCAAAGGCGGAUAUCAACAACGUAACUUGGCACGAAGUGCAGUGCAGGCUACGAGAAGUUCAGCAUGAACAACAGUUAUGUGUUCAUAAAUCUGACCUCACAGAAUUGGAUAUUUAUCAUCGUAUAUUAAGGCAUAAGAACUACAUGGUAGCUAUGGUAAAUAAAAAUAUACUGCCCUUGAAGCACAACACUAGGUUUGGAGAGUGGGUGUACCUAUCUUCUGGAUUAGAAUAUAAUUUAGAGUUAUUAUUAUUUGGUAGUCUUUCAUCCCCUUUUAAAGGAACUGGAACUUUAAGAGAAGAUUACAAAAAGUAUUCCAAACGAAAAGAAGUUGCUGCUGAAUUAUCCAGGAAUAUAUUAAUUUGUGGUGUGAUAAACCUGUUGCUCUCUCCUUUCAUCCUGGUGUGGCAGUGCCUGUCUUUUUUCGUAACCUACUCGGGCACCAUCAAGUAUGAGCCAGGAUACCUGGGGAUGCGCAGAUGGUCUCGCUACUCUAGGCUCUAUCUGCGGCAUUUCAACGAACUGGACCACGAGCAGAAAAUGAGGCUUAGCCGAGCUUAUGAACCCGCUAAAGAGUACAUGAAAUCAUUUUCGUCACCUGUUCUGGUCAUCAUAGCAAAGAAUAUUGCCCAAGUAGCUGGCUGUGUCGUCGUAUUUUUCGGUUUGUGGGGUCUGAUAAAAGAGAAGCUUCUGAUGAUUGAUAAAGUUCUGCUGAUCAUCGCUGUCUGUGGAAUUAUCUUUUACUGCACUUAUUCUUGUGUGCCUGAUGAAUAUGCUGUCUUUGUCCCAAACAAGCUUAUGCACCGAAUGAUUGCCGACAUCCACUAUGCGCCGGACCAUUUCAAAGAGAAAGCUCACACGUCUGCAGUGCGUGAUGAGUUUAGUCAACUCUUUCAGUAUAGGAUGAUUAAUAUUUUAGAAGAUUUAGUAAGUCCUGUUGUCACUCCUAUCAUUCUCAUAUUAUAUUUGCGCCACAGAGCUUUAGAUAUCGUCGACUUUUUCCGAAGCUUCACCAUCGAAGUUGCCGGAGUAGGUGACGUUUGCUCGUUUGCACUGAUGGAUGUUUCUAAGCAUGGUAACCAUCAGUGGAUGAGUGGAGGCUAUUCGAAAGCUGAUCAAUACCAGCAGGCUGAGGACGGAAAGACUGAGCUUUCAUUGAUCCACUUUACUUUAAUGAAUCCUCACUGGGAACCUCCUCCUUCUUCAAAUGUCUUUAUCCAUGAAUUUAAACAAAAAGUUCAACUUGCGAAAGAUCAUCCAGAGGAAGGGGAAGCUAAUCCUUUCUACACCUCUCUCCACUCCCUAUCAACUUUGGGUUCGAGGUAUUCAAGCCUUGCGAAUAGCCUGCACCAAUCAAUACACCAGCCUUGCAGUAGUUUGGUGACACCUGCCUUUGAUUCAGGAAAAGUGAGCUUGAAGCGUGUGACUCAUGCAGAAGGCCCUCCAUACAUUGCACAAGCACAUCUCUUUACUACUACAAAUGGAAAUGAUUGUGAUCUGCACUCUCUCCAGAAUGAGUUUAACCCGAUGGAGAUCAGAGCAGCAGACAUGAGUCUCAGUGCUUUGUACAUGCAUGAAGUCCAUCACCAGAACAUGCAUCCCAACAGGUCGCAGGAAGAGUCCGGGAGUCGGAACGUCGAAGCUCCGGAAAACAAUGGAAGUGAGGAAUCUCCUCUUUUAGAUGUUAGGAUGUAG